GAGUGCUCCGUCUAGUACUGGUGACGGGGAUGUAACCGCUUAAAACGCAUGAUAUCCACGGCCGCGGGAUUCAGUACGAGUGUAGUCGCGAAACGGUGUGCGUUCACAACCGUGUGCAGAAUUUCAGUGCAGCGCCUCAGGACGGGAACCUUGGCGCUCGGGGUAGAUGUAUCGUGUGCCGGUGGGGUAACCGUAUUUUAAAGGACCAGUGAUCCAGUACAUAGCGAUUUGAUUGGUGGUAAUAGUGCGCAAAAGGGAAAUUAAGUUCGCAGUGGUAUAGCGGACGUUAAUCAAGAUGCAGUAUGUACCGCUCGCGGCCGGUAUUCUGGGUAUGGUGAGCUUCACCCGGCCCCAGGAUAGCCUACUGUCGAUGCUCAGCUUUCUGCAGGACGGUGGUGAGCGUAUGACCCACGAACUGCCGAGCCAACCGGUGGUUCAGACGGAGUAUGAUUUCAUCAUUGUCGGAGCUGGAUCGGCCGGAAGUGUGCUGGCGAAUCGGCUGAGUGAAGUGCCCGAUUGGUCGGUACUUCUGAUCGAGGCAGGACCCGGCGAGAACCUUCUCAUGGACAUCCCGAUGGCGGCGCACUAUCUGCAAAACUUUAACAUCAACUGGGACUAUCGGACGAAACCGAGCGAUCAAUAUUGUUUGGCGUUUAAGAACAACCAGUGCCGGUUUCCGCGCGGUAAGGUGAUGGGUGGUUCGAGCGUACUCAACUACAUGAUCUAUACGCGCGGUAAUCGACGCGACUUCGAUCAUUGGGCCGACCAAGGCAAUCCGGGCUGGUCGUACGAAGAUGUGCUGCCGUACUUCAAGAAGCUCGAGCACAGCGUCGUACCAGACGCAAAUCCUGCCUAUGCGGGCAAGGAUGGACCACUAACGAUUUCCUAUCCGCGAUUCCGUUCGGAUACGGCGAAAGCGUUUGUGCAAGGUGCAAUAGAGGAUGGUGCACCGUACGUCGACUACAACGGCCCCACGCAGAUCGGUGUUUCGUACAUCCAAAGUACGACGAAAGAUGGAAAACGGGAUAGUACGAACGUGGCGUAUUUGUACGAUAUGGCGAACCGGUCCAACCUACACGUGAAGAAAACUAGCCAAGUGACUAGAAUUUUGUUCGACCGCAGCACUAACCGGGCGUCGGGUGUACGCUUCUAUCACGCUGGACGCUUCUACACGGUACGUGCCCGUCGGGAAGUGAUCGUGUCCGCCGGUGCGAUUGGAUCGCCCCAUCUGCUAAUGCUUUCCGGGAUCGGACCUGCCGAACAUCUGCGUGCGAACGGCAUCAAGCCGAUUGCGGAUCUGCCGGUGGGGUACAAUUUUCAAGAUCAUACCGCUGCCGGUGGGCUAACGUUUAUGGUGAAUGACACAGCGACGCUCAAGUACAAGGACGUCUUCCGGCUGGAUAACUUCAUGAAGUACCAGUACGAAAAGCGUGGCCCAUUUACAUCUGUUGGUGGCUGUGAAGCUAUCGCUUUUUACAAUUCCGAAAACCCGAACGAUCCGGACGGAUGGCCAGACUAUGAGCUGCUACACAUCGGCGGUACGAUUGCGGCUGAUCCAACAUACGAGAUUAACUUCAACUACAAGCCGAAAACUUUUCAAACACUGUUUGGAGAUAUUCAGCGUAAAAGCUACGAUGGUUUUACGGUGUUUCCGCUGAUCAUGAGACCACGGAGCAAGGGCCGGAUCUACCUGAACGGUUCCAACCCAUUUAGGUAUCCCAUCAUCGAACCAAACUACUUUGACGAUCCGUACGAUUUGGACAUUUCGGUGCGCGCCAUUCGGAAGGCCAUUAAGCUGAGCCGUACGGCAGCGUUACAGCGUUACAAUGCCCGGUUGCUCGAGAUACCGAUGCCGGGUUGUGAACGCUAUCGGUUCGAUUCGGACGACUACUGGAAAUGCUUUUCGCGGCAUGCCACCUUCACCAUCUAUCAUCACGUGGGUACGUGCAAAAUGGGUCCGAGAAAGGAUCCUACCGCCGUGGUGGAUGCGAGGUUACGCGUGCACGGUGUCAAAGGGUUGCGAGUGAUCGACGCCAGCAUAAUGCCGGAUGUACCGGCGGGCCAUACAAAUGCACCGACCAUCAUGAUCGGUGAAAAGGGUGCCGACAUGAUCAAGGAAGAUUGGAACGAGCUAACGUAGAAGCGUCUGUGUUUUUCCGAACAGUGAUUCCGGCCAGUAGUCAGCUAGUGACAGAAAACAUUACAAGCACGGAUGUGGCAUGCAAUUUUUUCAUUCCUAUACACGAUCUCCCCCAAAAGGGGAAAGCAAUGAUUAUUUAUACUAUUUAUAAUGAUAGCACAAUAGCGCUGGUGAUAAAUGUAGAACUAAGUGUGUACUUAGGCUGCGCUCAUUUUCCAGUAAUAAAAUACUACGACUAGAUAAUUAAAUUACGAAA